AUGAGCUCAAUUACGCAGGGAAAAGGAGGCGGAGCGAGAGCUGUCACAGAGCAGAAGAUUUUCGAAACGACAUCAAUCGCAUUCUCAUCGGUAAUGAUAUUUUUGUCAUUGCUCAUCCUCCUGCUCAACUACCAUCUCUCCCGACGGGUCCUGGCACGAAAGAAGCAUCCUACAGUGAGAAAAUUGCGAAAAAUGCUGAUAAAAGGACGGGCGGCGGUGAAGACGGGCAUGUUGACACCGAUUGAGACGGUUAUUCUUGCACUGGAGGCUGGCAUGACACUGGAAGAGGUUCGAAUGGAAUAUGUCAACUCUUGUGCAUCGAAAAAUGACAUUUUGGAAAGUAUCUUCGGAUCCGUCCCUGCCAAUCAAUUUUUCGCCCGCUUCGUCUCGAGCAGCCGUUUCAUGGAGACCGGUCUCGCCAACGAGAAGGUCUUUUUGGAUUUGUGGAAAAGCGAGAGCUAUCGAGAGCUUGUUCUUACGACUCAACACCCCGAAUGCCCAACCCAAACAUUCCAACCAUCUCGUCAACAGGACUCAUUGAUCUCUCAAAGCACCCAAAACAAACCUCCAACUGAUACGAAAACUGAUAACACGUCACAAGCUCCGCCCACUUGUCAGGAGAAGCCGAAAACUGUCCGAAAAUCGAUAAUCGAUAAAACGGCGGCUGCGAUUUUGCAUGAGGGAAAACCAUUGUUGUGCUCUGGAAAUAAUGAUGAUGCUGUUUGA